AUGACAGGUAUGGAGGUGGAGGAGGUGGUGGUGGUGGGCGCUAUGGUCCAUAUUGAAAUGGUGAUCGAUCUGGCGGGGGCAAUAGGGAUAGUGGUACUCGAGGAGGUUCAGGUAAUGACUUCUAUAAUCGGGACCCUUCUGGUCUCUAUGAACGUCGUAGUAAAGGAAACUUCCGUUUGGUGUAGAAAGAAUACUCCUGAUAGCAGAGCAAUUGGAGGUGCGGCUGUUACUUGCCGGAGGUGUCAAAGUCUCUUCUGCUGGAUCUCUCCUUCAUGGUUCUCUGGGUGGACGAAUCUGCUUGUUCGGUCAUUUGAUGUGCGAACUUUAACUAAAAGAUUCAACUGUUUAAUGUCCGUGAAUUCACGUUUUGAUGUUUUCUUCAGAUGA